AUGAACAUUGAAAAUCAACCACCCCAAUUGCCGCCUGUCUCCUCCACCGCCGCCGUACAACCACCACCAUCCAUCCCUGGUGGGGAUGCUCUAGUUGAACCACCACAACCACCAGCGGAGAAAUCACAACUACCAGAGGCGCCGCCGCCAUCUCAACCACCACCAGUGCCGAUUGUCAUGAUUCCAUCUAGAAAUCCCAAUGCCCUCUACAGCGGUGGUGGUAUAAGCUUUCUCACUGGAAAUAGCAAUGCAAGGCUCACUUACGGAUACUGCAGUUCCAAGGGCAAACGUGCCUCGAUGGAGGAUUUCUAUGAGACAAGGAUAUCGGAAGUUAAGGGUCAAAUGGUUGCUUUUUUUGGAGUUUUUGAUGGACAUGGUGGGUCGAGAACUGCAGAGUACCUUAAAACCAACCUCUUCAAAAAUCUUAGUAGUCACCCUGACUUCAUUAGAGACACACAGUCAGCUAUAGUCGAAGUUUUUAAACAGACUGAUGCUGAUUACCUUAAUGAAGAAAAAGGCCAGAAGAAAGAUGCAGGUUCGACUGCAUCGACUGCCAUUCUCGUAGGCGAUAAACUUCUAGUUGCAAAUGUUGGAGAUUCUAGAGUUGUAGCUUCUAUAGCUGGUUCAGCCAUUCCUUUAUCCAUUGAUCACAAGCCUGAUAGAUCUGAUGAACGAGAAAGAAUAGAACAAGCUGGGGGCUUUGUCCAUUGGGCAGGGACAUGGCGGGUCGGUGGUAUUCUUGCUGUUUCUCGUGCAUUUGGAGAUAAAUUUCUCAAACCAUAUAUUGUGGCCGAGCCCGAAAUUAAGGAAGAAGAAAUUGGUGUAGUGGAUUUUAUAAUAGUCGCAAGUGAUGGACUUUGGAAUGUCCUCUCCAAUAAGGAUGCUGUGUAUAUCGUACAAGAUAUAAAGGACGCCGAAGUAGCAUCAAAAAGACUAGUAGAAGAAGCCUAUAUGAGGGGGAGUUCAGACAAUAUUACUUGUAUAGUUGUUCGAUUUGAGAAAUUACGAUAA